UCAGUGUUAUGUUAUGACUAUAUUUCAGGUUAUGUUUGCAAUAAGCAAAUAAAAUGCAAUGAUUAUUUUUGUUUCUUUAAUUUAUUAAGUGUGAAUAAUAACAUUUUUAAUAUUUGUAUCUAUUCCCGCACCCUAAAAACCGUUAACCAUGCUGUCGUCGAUGGUGAAAGAACACCAAGCAAAGCAAGCAAUAAAGAAAGAGGUACAAGAAACUAAACGGAAGGAAGCGUGUGCUGCUGCAAACGAACUGACUCAAGCUCUCGUCAACCACUUGAACGUUGGCGUAGCCCAAGCGUAUUUGAAUCAGAAAAAGUUGGAUGCAGAAGCCAAGCAGUUGCAUACUAGUGCUACAAACUUCUCAAAACAAACUCAGCAAUGGGUAAACCUCGUGGAUUCAUUCAGCAGUGCCUUGAAAGAAUUAGGAGACGUUGAAAAUUGGGCGAAAACGAUAGAUGCCGACAUUCGUACCAUCACUGCUGCUUUGGAGACUGUUUAUAAGGGGUCGCAAGAGGCAGCCAGUGAAUCACAGUGAUAAAUGUAAUAUGAAAUCAAAAGUGAUAAAAAUAUUUUCUAGUUUACGUGUAAAUUAAUGGAGAAUUUAACAUAUUUUUGUAAACAUGGUUACUAUCGUCUAACUAUACUUACUACUGGAGAUUAAACUUUAUUGAAUGAUUCAUAACUUUAA